UACAUGCCGUUGAGUUUAUUGCUUUCUUUUACGUUAAACGUUAUUUAGUUUGAAAUAAGGAAAGGAGGAAUGUACUAGAGGCAUCCGGUUGCUUUCGGCAUUAAUAUCUGAUCGAAAGACUACAUAAAAAGUUUGUGUAUUAGUGUCAACAAUGUCAAGUUAUAUCAUCGUAUUGUUUUAUACUGUUUUCUGCAUUUUUACAAAUAUCGACGUGAUAGCGCUGAAACCACUGUCGAUUUUAAUGAUAGAGACUCUUCCAUCAGCCAGCCAUCAUAUUUGGACGGACAAUUUAAUUAAAGGACUGCUUCACAAAGGCCAUCAUGUACAUGCAGUGAGCGUAAUCAAGACUAAUGUAAAGGGCAAACUCGCUCAAAACUUGACUUAUACCAUUUUCGAAGGUGUAAUGACUUCGCAUGACGAAUACGUGGGUUAUGGUCCUGAUGAAUGGGAACAGUUGAACGAAUUUUAUACGGCGUAUAUUGUAUAUCUGUGGGCCAUUUUAAAAUGCGAUACAUUGAUAAAAACUAAUGCAGCGAAAGAGCUUUUGGAAAUAGUUAAGACUGUCAAGUUCGAUGUAAUAGUGGCGGAUAUUACUUUAAGUGAAUGUUUUUAUGGAUUGUGGGAGAUUGCUAAGGCUAGGCCUCCUAUAGUGGGCUUUAGUCCGCUAGGCACUGCACCAUGGCUCAAGGAUUUUAUUGGUGGUCUAAGUUAUCCAACUAUUCGUCCUUAUACGAGUGCAACAAUUGCAAACCCUAUAGGUUUAUGGCAGAGAACAUGGAAUACUCUCUAUUAUAUUGUAGACGAUCUCUUGCGCCACUAUUAUUACUUGCCUAUUGCUCAAGGGAUCGCCGAGGAAUACAUAGGUCACAUGAUCAGGCCGUUACAUGAAAUUGAAAAAGACAGAAUUAGUAUCGUAUUAAUAAAUAGUCAUUCUGCAAUCGAGCCUGCAAUCCCACUGCCACCGAAUUCCUUGGAGACUGGAGGGUUGCAUAUUCAGACCGUGCAAUCGAUUGCCGAUGAUGUAGUUCUAACGUAUCCCAAAAAGAUACGUGUAUUUCUUGAUGAAGCAAAAAACGGUGUUAUCGUAAUAUCAUUAGGAACAAAUGUUAAAUGGAAAACGUUCAAGCUAGAUAAGAUUAAAGCACUUCUACUGGCUCUGUCAAGAAUAAAGCAGCGAGUGCUUUGGAAAUUAGAUAGUGAAAUAUCAUUUCAAAUACCGGACAAUGUAAUGAUUAUGAAAUGGAUACCGCAAAAAGAAGUUCUUUCUCAUAAAAAUGUAAAAGCAAUUUGGGUGCAUGGUGGACUUCUCAGCAUACAAGAAGCAAUUUGGGAAAGUAUACCAAUGAUUGUUACGCCUUUCUUUUACGAUCAAAAAUCCAAUGCGGAAAUAUUAGUAGCUAAAGGCGUUGGUAUACGUUUGGAUUUUAAAACUUUGUCCACACAGUCUAUAUUACACGCGAUAGAAGAAGUACUAUACAAUAAAAGUUACACAAAAAAUAUUAAAAGAUUAUCCAGCGAAUUUCGCGAUCGGCCAUUACCGCCGUUGGAUUUAGCUAUUUGGAGCAUCGAAUACGCUGUCCGCCAUCCAAAUGGAAGUUUAGCAACGCCAUUUAAAUCUCAAAGUUGGAUGGAACAGAAUUUGAUCGACGUCUAUGCAUUUCUAUUUCUUAAUCUUUUCAUAAUAUUAUUUUGCGUAUUCUUUACAAUAAAGGUAUUGAUUAAGUCUUAUUAUAAUCGUAUGUACAUCGCACCUAAAUUGCGCAAAAGAAAACAGAUAAUGUUUAGCUGUUUCCAUUUGUUAUUUUACCUCGUUUGUUGUAUUUUAAUUGGCCUCGUGACAGCGUCAAAACCAUUGUCGAUUUUAGUAAUAGAAUCUGUUGAAUCUCCAAGUCAUCAUAUAUGGACGAUGCAUUUAGUUAAAGGAUUGCUUCGCAAAGGCCAUCAUGUACACGCAGUGAGCAUACACGAGCCUAAGAUCGAGGGUAUACUCGCGCAAAAUUUGACAUACGCCGUUUUUGAUACCUUAACGAAAAGGUUUGAAGAAUCCGAGGAUUUUAAUCCGUCUGAGUGGGAAGACUACAGCACACUUUACAUGUCGUAUCUUGUAUAUAGCUGGAGUAUUGAAUCAUGUAGCGUAAUGGUAAAAUCUAAAGAAGCGAAAGAACUUUUAGAAAUAGUUAAGACUGUCGAGUUUGACGUUAUAGUACAUGACAUUACUGUGGAUCAAUGUUUCUAUGGAUUGUGGGAGGUUGCUAAAAAUAAACCACCCAUAGUAGGAUAUAUUCCGUUUGGUCUUGCACCUUGGCUCAAAGAUUAUAUCGGUGGUUCAAAUUAUGCGUCUAUUCGACCUUACCCUGCGAGCCUUACGAAACCUGUAAGUUUGUGGCAGAGAACAUGGAAUGCCAUCUAUUAUAUCUCGAAUGAUGUCAUACGAUAUUGCUAUUACUUGCCAAUUAUUCAACAACUUGCUGAGGAAUUUAUAGGCCACGCAAUCAGGCCAUUACAUGAAAUAGAAAAAGACAGUAUUAAUAUUGUAUUAAUUAACACAAAUCCUGCAUUUGAACCUGGGAUUCCCUUACCACCAAACGCUUUGGAAGUUGCAGGUUUGAAUGCUCAGACUGUGCAACCGAUUGCUGGCGAAGUAGUUGUUACUCUUCCUGAGGAUAUACGUCUGUUUCUUGAUGGAGCAAAAAAUGGCGCUAUCGUAAUAUCGUUAGGAACAAAUGUGAAAUGGAAAUUUAUCGGCCUAGACAAAAUCGAGGCUAUUUUACUAGCUGUGUCAAAAUUGAAGCAACGAGUGUUGUGGAAGUUGGAUAUUGAAGUGCCAUUUAAAAUACCAGAUAAUUUAAUGAUUGUAAAAUGGAUGCCACAAAACGAUGUUCUAUCCCACAAAAAUAUAAGAGCAAUCUGGGCACACGGUGGUGCUCUUAGCACACAAGAAGCCAUUUGGAAAGGUGUACCAAUGAUCGUAAUGCCUUUCUUCAUGGAUCAAAAAUACAAUACACAAAUACUAUUAUCUAAAGGCGCUGCCAUAUUUUUGGAUGUUAAAACUUUAUCUCUACAGAGUGUAUCACACGCAUUUGAAGAAAUACUUUACAAUGAAAGUUAUACAAGAAACAUGAAACGAUUAUCAAGUGAAUUCCGGGAUCAGCCAGUAUCACCAUUAGAAUUAGCUAUUUGGAGUAUCGAAUAUAGUGUCCGUUUUCCAAAUGGAAGUUUAGCAACACCGCUAAGAUCUCAGGGCUGGGUGGAACAGAAUCUUAUCGAUGUUUAUUCAUUUUUAUUCCUUAAUCUUAUUAUAAUAUUGUUAAGUAUAUUUUAUGUAACAAAACUAUUAAUUAGAUUUUGUUAUUAUCAUAUAUGUGCUCCAUCAAAGUUGCAUAAAAGUAAACACGAAUAAAUCGUUGAAAUAUUAAUAAAUAUUGCGUGUAGUUGCUGUAAUCAAUAUUCAAACAAUUGUAAAUAUUUAAUCAAUUUAUUAAUAAAAAUUCUAUUAUAUUUAGUUUUUUGCAAAUACAACUACUUACAAUUUUUCAAAUUGUCUGUAUACAUUUUUAAUAUAGUUUUGUGCCUAUGUAUACAAAUAAUUAUUCUAUUUUUAUGUAUUACGUUAUCUUGCUAACGCGUUGUCUUGGCUGAAUCGCGACCGCACCCUUUGAUGAUCGACAUUGAUUGAAUGAUCAUUUUGCAUACAAAUGUUUUUACUUGUUUUUACUAAUGCCAGUAUUAAGUCAUGAAUAGAUAGUACUUAAUUAACUAUAUAUACAUAUGUAUGUACUAUUUAUGAUUUAUUUAUUCACUUUUCUUUUUUUUAAAUAAUUAUUACUAAAUAUUCCGAGAAAAUGCCAAUAUGCUAUCUUGUUACAUUGAAGCGAUCGAUUAUGUUAUUAUCUUAAAAUAAGAAGAGACAUGUUGCAUUACACAUAUUGCAUUCGAUUCUGGGAUUUGAUUCAAAGACUACGCAAAAGGCUUUACGCAAUAUUGGGCUGUUUCAUUUUGUUUGUUGUAUGUGAAUAAAUUGUGACAACAUUGAA